AUGAGAUUAGAGAAGUCGCCGUAAGGGAUAGUGAAGCCGAUCAGGCGAGAUACACAACAGUCGCCGGCGGGGGACAGGAAAGGAGGAUCCGGGUACGGCAUGGAUGACUUCUACGUCACUAUCCCAUACGGCCUGGUUGUCCUCGGCGGCGGCAUCGCCGGUUACGUGAAGCGGGGGAGCGCGGCGUCGCUGGCCGCCGGUGCAGGAUUCGGGGGCGCGCUCCUCCUCGCCGGCGCGCUCAGCAUCUGGGCCUUCGCGAGCCACUCUAGGUCCCUCUUCGCCACCGUCCUCCAGACCGUUUGUGCUGCAGCAUUAACAAUAGUUAUGGGAAUAAGAUACAUGAAAACAAGAAAGGUAAUGCCAGCUGGAAUAGUUGCUAUGAUCAGUGCACUUGCACUGAUAUUCUACGUUUAUAAGAUAUCCAAUGGAGGCAACGAGGUCUACUUCCCAGUGACUGCUGAGUGAGCCUGUUGGAUCUAGUAUCUCUAGUUUUCCUGGUGUACAUGCUGUCUAUACAAAAACCAAAUAAUUGUGAAGCAACUCAUCUAUUUUGUUGCGCCCAUUGUAUAAUCGGGUGAUAAAUAUUUGAUUACUUAUCCUGUAACAUUUAUGUCUGGCAAAAAUAGCCAUGAAACAGAAGUACAGAACUCUAUAAUUGUGCGGUGUAUGCUUUGUAUAUAUUGCUCUCUUCUCCUGUCCCCA